GGUUCCAUCCACUCCCUUGAACAAUUGAAACCAACGCACUUGGGUAAAAUCAACGGCUCUCACUGCUUCACCCUCAAUGGAGGCACUUCUCCAGUUUUAAGAGUGGUGUCUCUCACCAGCUUUUUCACGCUCAUUUCACUUUCUCUCUUUAUCUCUCUCUCUCUCUCCUAGGGUUUCCCUCAGGUUGAGGUUUCAAUUGAGGCAUUCUGUUCCAGCUUUGAUAGUGGUAAUUGCGGAGUAGAUGAUAAUGGAUCCCAGUCGUAGAGGAUUCUCCAGUUCCGUCAAUGGAAUUCAAUUGGGAAAUCGACCUUUCUCCAUUCUUUCGGAUCACAACCUAGUUGCGGGAGCCAAAUUUGAGAACUCAUUGUUUGAUCGCAGUUUUAGGGAGGUUCGUUACCUUAAGCCAGAUCCAACUUCUGCUAAUACCGCCUCAGGUGGUUUGAGCGUGAGCCCAGAGGAAGAUGACUGUGAUUUCUCUGAUGAGGUUUUGAAGUACAUAAACCAGAUGCUUAUGGAGGAAGACAUGGAGGACCAGACUUAUAUGCUUCAGCAGUCAUUGGAUCUUCAAGCUGCUGAGAAAUCCUUCUAUGAAGUCCUCGGCAAGAAGUAUCCUCCGUCCCCUGACCACAACCUCAGUUUUGCUGAUCAAAGUUACGAGAGCCCUGAUGAUAAUUUCCCUGGAAAUAACAGUAAUUAUAUCAGCAGUAGCAGUACCAGUAGUGGCAACUUAGCUGAUAAUUGCUGGAUUCAGAGUCCAAGCGAUUGUAAUACCUCUCAGGUACAAGCAUCGCCUUUUAGCUCUUCAAAUAGUGUGGUUAGUACCAUGGAUGGGUUAGUGGACUCUCCAAAUAGUACUCUUCAACUUCCUGAUUUAUACAAUGAGAGCCAAUCCGUGUGGCAGUUCCAAAAGGGGGUUGAGGAGGCUAGUAAGUUCCUUCCCUCUGGUAAUGAAUUGUUUUUUAAUUUGGAGGUGAAAGCAUCGUUACCUCAGGGGCUGAAGGGAGGGAAUAACGAGGUGGUGGUCAAGUCGGAGCUAAAGGAUGAGGAAGAGCACUCACCCAGUGGGUCAAGAGUGAGGAAGAAUCCUCAAAGGGAGGACAUCGGAUUGGAAGAGGAGAGGAGUACUAAGCAGGCAGCUGUUUAUACCGAAUCCACUUUGAGGUCAGAAAUGUUUGACAUGGUGUUGCUAUGUAAUAGGAAUAAAUGCAAGCCCAAUUCGUCCACACCCCAUGAAGCCUUGCAAAAUGAAACAAGCAGUAAUUUGCAGCAGCAAAAUGGGCAAGUGAAAGGAUCCAAUGGUGGAAAGGGCCGGGGUAAAAAACAAAGUGGGAAAAAGGAAGUGGUGGAUUUGAGAACUCUUUUGAUUCAGUGUGCACAAGCUGUUGCAGCGGAUGAUAGGAGGAGUGCAAAUGAAUUGCUCAAGCAGGUCAGGCAGCAUUCUUCUCCUUUUGGGGAUGGGAAUCAAAGACUGGCUCAUUGUUUUGCUGAUGGUCUUGAGGCACGCUUGGCUGGUACCGGUAGCCAGAUUUAUAAAGGCCUUAUUAGCAAGGGGAGAUCUGCUGCCGAUAUUUUGAAAGCCUACCAUCUAUAUGUUUCUGUAUGUCCAUUCAGGAAGAUGUCAAAUUUCUUCUCAAACAGAUCAAUUAUGAUACGAGCAGAGAAAGCAACAAGACUCCACAUUAUAGAUUUUGGUAUCCUCUAUGGUUUCCAAUGGCCCACCUUUAUCCAACGCCUCUCAUCAAGACCUGGUGGACCCCCAAAGCUGCGUAUUACUGGCAUAGAAUUCCCCCAGCCUGGAUUCCGGCCAGCAGAACGAAUUGAGGAGACAGGGCGCCGCCUAGCGAAUUACGCUGCAAGUUUCGAUGUGCCAUUUGAAUACAAUGCCAUAGCAAAGAAAUGGGAAACCAUUCAACUCGAGGAACUCCAGAUUGACAGGGAUGAGCUGCUUGUUGUCAACUGUUUGUAUCGGUUUGAGACCUUGCUUGAUGAGACUGUAGCAGUGGACAGUCCUAGAAAUAUUGUUCUUAACAUGAUAAAGAAGAUAAGGCCAGAUAUUUUCAUUCAGGGGAUCGUUAAUGGGUCCUAUAAUGCCCCUUUUUUUGUUACCAGGUUUCGAGAGGCUCUGUUCCACUUCUCUGCCCAGUUUGAUAUGCUUGAGACUACUGUACUCCGUGAGAAUUGGGAGAGGAUGCUGAUUGAGAGAGAGAUUUUUGGGAGGGAGGCCUUGAAUGUCAUAGCUUGUGAAGGCUGGGAGAGAGUUGAGAGGCCAGAAACAUACAAGCAGUGGCAACUCCGAAACCUAAGGGCUGGGUUUGUGCAGCUGCCUUUGAAUCGGGAGAUAAUGGAAAGGGCAACAGAAAGGGUGACAACAAACUACCACAAAGAUUUUGUGAUUGAUGAAGAUAGCCAGUGGAUGUUGCAAGGAUGGAAGGGGCGAAUCAUCUAUGCUCUUUCUGCUUGGAAACCUGCAUAGAGAAGUUGAAAUGCAUGCUAUGCUCAUCAGUACCCUGGUCUGUCAGCAGAUCUCUUAGGCAUCCAACAGCCCAGGAUCCGGGGUUUUUAUGGUGAAAUCGCUUAUGGGUCAUCAUCCUAAGGAAAGGGCAAUGCCAUAUUCAGGGUAGUAUUGGUCCAGUAGAUGUUUUGAUAGGUCAUCUUAUGCUCACGAUCUUGUCUUAGAUCUAACAUGUAAAGGAAGAAAUUGUGCAACACAAUCUAAUGUUAAUUACAAUUCCCACUGUUUCUUA